AAAGGAGUUCGGUGGAGAGUUCCUUACCCUGCACUCUCUCUCUCUCUAAAAACCCCCCUCUCUCUCUCUCUAGAAAUCCUCCACAGGCAUCAAACCUAUACAUACACAUGCUCCGUAUCUAUACACACCGAUGAUCAACUCUCCAAUUCUCUAAAACAAAUCGGGAUUACUUCGUAUCAAAGAUCAAUUUGGACACUUGUUUGUUUUCUGGAUCUAAGCGAAUGGACUCAAAUUCAUGGACUCGUGUCUCCACUUCGAAUUCUUCUUCCAGGCGUUAUCAAUCUCGAUCAGAAGCACUUCACGUAGUUGAAGAAACGGACGGUGAUGAGCGGAGGCCUGAAUACUUGUGCCCGUUCUGUGCGGAGGAUUUUGACAUUGUGGGUCUUUGUUGUCAUAUCGAUGAAGAACAUACGGUUCAAGCAAAGAAUGGGGUAUGCCCGAUAUGCGCAAAAAAGGUUGGAACCGGUUUGGUCAGCCAUAUUACGAUGCAGCAUGGAAGUCUUCUUAAGGUUCAGCGCAAGAGGAGAUUCCGUAGGGGUGGUGGACUGAGCUCGACGUAUUCUGUUUUAAAGAAAGAGUUGAGAGAAGGAAACCUACAUUCUCUUCUAGGUGGUUCGUCAUUCAUGGGCCAGUCAUCCGUCAACACAGAGCCCGACCCAUUGUUAUCUUCAUUCAUGUACAAUGAUGCCGUUGACCCGUCACGAGAUCAAACUAAUCCUUCUAUUGCAGCAUUGUCAGUAGCAGAAAGCUCAGAUAAAGAUUUCUUGACAAGCAAGAAACAGGCGGUUGCUACGCUUUCUGGUGAAGAUCAGGAGGAGAAGGCUAGGAGAAGUGAGUUUGUGCAAGGGCUGCUGAUGUCAUCUUUCCUAAAUGAUGAUUUAUAAGCGGUUAUAACCUAUAAAAUAAUAAGGUAAAAAAUCUACAAGGAGAGAGAGAGAGAGAGAGAGAGAAGAGGUCUUGAGCUAAGUUUGCUUAACUAAUGAAUAUUGUUUAUUGUAUUAAAAAUCUAUAUAUCUCUAUAUAUAAUAUAUAUGCUUAAUUGAUGAUAAA